CCAUAGUGCUCGGACCAGUUCUGUUUCCUCCAUUUCCAUCUGUCUUUAUCCACAACAUUUUAAUCAGUAAUCGGACUAGUGUUUUCUCCGGUGCUGCAAACGUCCAAAGCCAGUAGCAAAAAGCUGCAUGUCACUCCUUAUAUUAAGCGCCACAACCAAAACCAAAAAACCCGUCUACUCUUUUCUCUCUCAGCUCAAUCUCUGCUUCUUCUCCUUCUCUAUCAUCUCUUUCUCGGUGUCUCUACAGAGUUGACAGGCAUGAGGAAUAUUGGGAGAAGAGGAAUUCAUUACUUGCAGAAGCUGAACGCCGAGAACGUUCCGAAAGAUUUGAUUGAAAAGGGGCAGACUCGCGUCAUAGAGGCCUCACUUACUCUGAUUCGUGAGAGGGCUAAGCUUAAGGGAGAGCUUUUGCGGGCUUUGGGAGGUGCUGCAGCAUCAACAUCGCUUCUUGGAGUUCCUCUUGGACAUAACUCAUCGUUUCUACAGGGGCCUGCAUUUGCUCCUCCUCGCAUACGAGAAGCAAUCUGGUGUGGUAGCACGAACUCCACAACAGAAGAAGGAAAAGUAUUAAAUGAUCCACGGAUCUUGACUGAUGUUGGUGAUGUUCCUGUUCAAGAGAUACGAGAUUGUAGUGUAGAUGAUGACAAAUUGAUGAGUAUAAUAAGUCAGUCAGUCAAGCUUGUUAUGGAAGAAGAGCCACUGCGCCCUUUAGUUUUAGGGGGUGACCACUCAAUAUCAUUUCCUGUUGUGCGAGCUGUGUCUGAGAAGCUUGGAGGACCUGUUGAUAUCCUUCACCUUGAUGCUCAUCCUGAUAUAUAUAAUGAAUUUGAAGGAAACAAGUACUCACACGCAUCUUCUUUCGCCCGAAUUAUGGAGGGUGGUUAUGCCCGACGACUUUUGCAGGUUGGUAUCAGAUCAAUAACAAAUGAAGGUCGGGAACAAGGGAAAAGGUUUGGCGUGGAGCAAUAUGAAAUGCGAAAUUUUUCAAGAGAUCGUCACUUCUUGGAGAACCUAAAACUUGGUGAAGGUGCGAAAGGCGUGUAUAUUUCAAUCGAUGUGGACUGUCUUGAUCCUGCAUUUGCUCCCGGGGUAUCUCAUAUUGAGCCAGGUGGUCUGUCUUUCCGUGACGUUCUCAACAUCCUUCACAACCUUCAAGCUGAUGUUGUUGCUGCAGAUGUGGUUGAGUUCAACCCACAACGUGAUACUGUCGAUGGAAUGACUGCAAUGGUUGCUGCUAAGCUGGUCAGAGAACUGGCUGCAAAGAUUUCCAAGUGAAAAACUGAGCUUCCCAACUGAAACAACUAAAAGUUUGACCAAUUGAACUAGCUUAGAAGGGUUUGAAUUACAUUUUUGCCAGUGAGUCGGAUGAUUUUGACACAGCUUCAAUUGCAAAGCUAUUUUUGUAGCUUGCAACGGGGACUAUUAUGUACUUCGUCCUAGUCGAAAUAAGUUGAAAUAAUAAUGCAUAAUUUAGUUUGCUUUACCAUGAUCUAAGUUGAAUAAUCAAAUUUCCACCGAGUGGGGUGAUUUAGAGAGAUACCGGCUUAACUUUUCAUAUUGAGGUUGGAG